AUGGCGGACCAAAAGAAGAGGGGCAAGUUCGAUCGGACGGACUCGAUGGCCAGUCACACAGACAGACUGAUUGCUAUGCUGGACCAAGUAGAAAAACGAGUAGAAACACUACGAGAACAUGCCAUCGCCAUGGAGCAAGAAAAGGACCACCUCCUAGAAACUAUCGAUCAAUUUCGGAAUAUGAAAGAGUUAGACUUCGUGAGUUCCGGUGAAAGAGAAGAAUUAUUUAUAACAGUUGAUAGACUACUAUGUCGUUGCCUAACAGUGGACGUCAAGGUAUCUACAAUUAGGAAUGAAGUACAACAACAAGCCCUAGAUCGCAUCAAUCGUAUGCUACAAGACCUUUCUGAAAAAAGUAAAUCAGAUUUGGUUGGCUGUAAAGAACUCGUUGUUAUGUAUUUGAAUGCUUGUUCCUCUGAUUCGUCAGGAAUACCAGAUCAGAAGUUUCAGAUGACGGUCAUAGAAUGUACGGUAGAUGACCAGAAAAAGAUUCGAAAACGACUUCAUGAUUAUUUACAAGUGCUUAACAAUACAGAGGAAGAACUGAGCAAACAUAAAAUAUCUGUCUCGUAGUAUUUAUUUAUACAUUUAUACAAGUUUUUAUCUUUACUGGAUAAUUAUCAGCAUGGAAAGUUUUUUUAAAAAUUUAAAGUGGGAGGGUAGUUACCUGCUCACGCGUGCGAAUUGAGUCCCAAGCGACGAUAACAACUCACGCUAAAAAUGCAAAGGCUCAUGGGUAGACGCUUGUUUGUAAACAAUUACACACUAUGAACAUUUGAUGCAUGCGUAGGUGACGGCUCUCCCACUUUAAAAGAAACCCCAUUUUAUUCUAAUAGGAAGUUGGUUACAAGGAGUCUUUAGUGUAUCCUUGUAUUUUAAAGCCCCUUUCUGCAAUUCCAGGGAUUACAUCAAACACUGUUGUUCAUUUAUUCUUUGCUUGCCAUUAUAAUUUUAGUUCAGCUUGCACAGUGUAUUGUUCAGAAUUCUUCUAUCAUUUUACAAAGUAUCAGAUGCUUACCCUUGUGGAACGUUUGACAGAGACAUGAUUUAUUUUGUUCACCUUACAGUGGCAUUUGUAUUUCUUUAUAUUUUUGUGAGACAAUUUGUCUCAUGAAAGUAAAAAAAAACCUGGGACAAAAAUACAAGGUACAGAUAGGUUACAUCUACUAACUGGUUACAAUGAUCUACAUUGUAACUGUAUCACUGCCUGAGAGAUUACCAUACAUCCAAAUAAAACACUUUCUGUGCAAUCAGAACGAACUACGGACUGUGGUAGUAAAUUAAAUUGCAUUUCAAGGCA